AUGGCAGUCCAUACCAGCAUUCAAACGGCGCUCGAUGCCAUCCUGCCGGGCUUGCAGCGCACGCCCGAGAGCCCCCAUCCUGUGGUGGUCAUGACAUGCUCCGGCAAGUCGACACUCGCCAAGGCCAUUGUAUCUCGUCUACCGGCUUUCACGCGGCUGUCCGUCGACGCCAUAAUCCACGCCACGCAUGGGCUCUAUGGGAUCGAUUACGACCCUUCCAAGUACAGCGAGUACCAGGACGAAGCACAAGACAAACUCAAGGACGAGCUUCGCGCCAUCCUUGGCGCCAAGGACCGCGACGUUGUUCUUGAUUUGGCCUUCUGGAACAAGGAAUACCGCGACGAGUUCAAAUCGCUGAUCGAAGAGAACGGAGGACGCUGGGUGUUGAUCUUUCUACAGGCGGACCGGGAGCUGCUUUGGAGGCGCAUUACUGAGAGAAGAGCGAGGCGGGAUGCGAUGCACGAAACAGAUGAGAGGCGCGAUGGGGACUCGGCUUUCGAUGUGGACGAGGCGACCUUUGACAUGUACUACAGCGGCUUCGAGAGCCCACAAGGGGAAGGCGAGAUAGUCAUUGCCUGCACGUGA